AUGGAGGACUUAAACGGCUUGAGUUGGUCCUCCGACUCCAAAAACCCAAGCAAACCGCCGCCAAUGAGCUCUGGUUACUUGUACCCAACCAUGCCAUCAAAUGGCGGCUCCGGCAGGUCUACCCCGUUAUCUGCGACCUCGAACCGCUCAAGCUCGCCAUCAAAGCCCGCCACCUCUACCGGAGAUAGCUUUGCGAAUCUGGUUUCAUUCAAUUCUUCCGCCGGAAACAAGAACCUCACUCUCUUAGAACAGCAGAAACGCUUGCAGGAGGAAAAGGCUAGGAAGGAAGCCGAAAAUCGUAGUCGAUUCGAAGGAGGCCAGAACAACCAAUUCUGGGACAACUUUGAAGGACGUACCCGGAGCCCCGCAUCUGUACCUGCUUCUCGGUCCACAUCAACACCCGCGGACGAUGAUGAUAUCCUGGCCGCCUUCGAUGCUGCCGCGCCGGUUGACGCGUCGACCAAUUUCCCGAUCCCCGAAUCCGCAAGAUCGUCGCCCCGCGUCGGCCUGAACGGUCGCUCACCUUCCAAUGGCGGAAUUACCAUGGAGGACAACACGGGAGGUUUGGAUGCCUUUGAUGACGAUGACCCAUUCGGCCUCAAUCAAUUGAAGCAGAAAUCCACGCCUAUCCCCGCUUCUCAGCCUCAACAAGGCGACGAUGAUGAUUUCCUUGGGUUGCUCGGGAAGCCGGUAUCAGAUAUCCCCCACCAGGAACCGCCUCGCACAUCUGCCACACCCUCAGACCGAGGACGAGACCAAGAUGCAUCUCCUAAGCCUUCUAACGAUGUCGAUCGGGCUAUUGCGGAGCUGGUGGACAUGGGAUUCCCCGCGGAUAAAUCUCGCCGGGCUUUGAAUACCACAGACUCCGGGACUGACGUACAGGCCGCUGUUGGUUGGCUUCUUACCCAAGCCCAUGCGGAAUCUCGACAGAAGACUGAAGGGCAUCCCAGUGCCACUCGUUCUGCUGAUCGCGCUGAAAGGAGCGAUAGUCGUAAUCGCGACAGGCCUUCUUGGAUGAGAGAAGAAAUGUCAGAAUCGAGAUCACGUCAGGAUAGACGGAGUCCAGCAUCAGCGGACAAAGACCCUGCACAGUUGGCAUCUCAAUUUGGCAAUAACCUGCUGAAAUCAGCCGGCUCACUUUGGAAGACUGGUAGCAAGAGAUUCCAACAAGCUGUAAACGAAUUUAGUGUCGAACAUGACCCUAGCCAGCCACGUUGGAUGAGAGAUGCAUCCCCACAAGACGAACCUCCUCUGCAGCCGCAGCGUCCAGGUCGUGACCAGUUUACUCAAGCUCAAAGAGAACAACAGGACUUCACUAAUGAGGCUCUUCUUCUUGAGUCUGGAGCUGGUCGGCCUCAGAAACCUCCGCGUCCUCGUGAAAGCCACCACCCCGACCCGAGAAGCCAGCCUCCUCGUAAUCAACAGCCCCCUGGUGAUGUCUCGCCAAGGCAGCAAGCCAACUUCCUCCAGCGUCCAUCCCGACCAAGCCCUCCAGAUGCUAAACUUCGGCUUUCACGCUUUGCCGCCGAAGAGCAGCCGGCGCAAGCAUAUGUUAGUCCUGCGAGACGCAAGCGACCCCAGGCGCCACCGCCGCCUUCUGAGCCUGCCGUCGACCUCUUUGAUUCUCCCGCUCCGUCAGCUAGUCGUCCAAAGCCCCCUACCCCAGCCCAGACUGCCACCCCUCCGGCACGCUCAGCUUCCAUCCCCGUGCGGCCCAAAGCCCCAACACGGUCUAUUCCACCUGUAUCUCAAGAGGCGCUUCAAUCGACACACCGACACCGCGGAAAGGCUGCAGAGUCGUACAAGAGAGGCGACUACGCAGAAGCCCACCAGAGCUUCUCUACGGCUCUCAGCAUGCUCCCUGACAAGCACCCUAUCACCAUUAUCAUCCGCAGCAACCGUGCCAUGACAGCCCUGAAGAUCGGCGAACCGAAGUCCGCCAUCGACGACGCCGAUAUCAUCCUCACAUUCAUUGGCCCGUCCAAGGGCGAAUCAGAGGUAAUCGAUCUCGGCACCGGCGAACCACCCAAGCCCAUGAAGGACUUCUUCGGCAAGGCUUUAAUACGCAAAGCCGAAGCCCUAGAGCAGCUCGAGCGCUGGGGCGAGGCCGCGCAGACGUGGAAGCUGGCUGUGGAGUCUGGUCAUGGUGGCAGCACGAGCAUCCAAGGCCGGAACCGUUGCGAGAAAGCAGCCGGUAUCAGCAAGCCUCAAUCCAAGCCUGCCGCAGCCCCUGCCAGAAAAAGGCCUUCGCCUCCGCCUAAGAAGCCUUCUGCUUCGUCCGGUCUCACGGCCACGUCUGCAUCAGGGACAGACUUUGAAGCAGUUAGUCGUCUGCGGAAAGCUAACGAGGCGGCUGAGCGUGCCGACGAAGAGAAGUUUGCUCUUGCUGAUAGCGUUGACGCUAGAAUUGCUGCUUGGAGGAAUGGCAAGCAAGACAAUUUGCGUGCACUGCUCGGUAGCUUGGAUUCUGUGCUGUGGCCCGAGGCUGGGUGGAAGAAGAUUGGAUUGUCCGAGCUGAUUUUGCCGAAUAAGGUUAAAAUUCAGUAUAUGAAGGGCAUUUCGAAGGUGCACCCUGAUAAGAUCUCCACCACUGCCACCACUGAGCAGCGUAUGAUUGCUGGGUCUGUGUUUGGAACCCUGAAUGAAGCGUGGGAUAAGUUCAGAGCUGAAAAUAAUCUCUGA